GUAAAAUAAGGGGUUUUGAAGGGUGCCAGGGGGUCAAGGAUUAUUUGAUACGAGCUUCAAACAUCUGAGUAACAUGCAGAUCAACAGAAUGCAAAGUCAGCAGAGAUAACCUAUUGUACUCUGUCACUGUGUGUUCAAUAAAUGAGCAAUUCGCAGCACAUGAUUUUAAAUAGGUUUAUUUACAUACAAGUUGUGGUGUUCUAUUGAAUGGAGAUAAAUAAUUGCCUUUGUUUUCUCUGUGUUGCCUUUUUUGUUUGUUGUUUUCUUAAUAGCACCAAAAGGUAUUAUGCUUUGGUAUUCAGCUGAUAAACCAACCUCAACUGUGACUUAGAAUGCAUGCAUAAGUUCAUUAAGAUUGCAUUAAAAUGUAGUCUAGUUUAAGCCCGUUUGGCCAGACUUAUUUGACUUAGUCUAUUUCCACAGCUAUGUACUCAGCCAAGCUAAAAAUCUAACUGCAAAUCAAACCAUUGUCCACCAAUAAUUCCACAACCUGAAUACAAUAUAUAAUUUAAUACCAACCAAUUGCAAAUUUAAAAAUAAGCUUUUAGCCAGGGGAUGUAUGUAUAAAGGCUGGAUAGUGCUAUUCACUGGAUAUUGGGUUUUACAUGUGUUGCAAGAAUGCCUGAAAAUGAAUAAAACAUUUCAAGUUAACAUUGGUUAAAGAGAAUCCUCAAUUAAGGACUAGCAAAUAGGGACCAACAUUGACAAGGUUAUACCAGACAAGGGGUACUCUGGUCGUUAUUUAGUUUUUAUGGUAUAACAGUAGAUAAAGUCAAACUAUCUCUAACAGCACUGUUACAAUUACAAUCAUGACAAUUUAAAAAUGUAUGUCAUUGCUAUGUUUCAGUUUUCAAGAAUUUAUCAUGUGUGAAAAAAUUAGGUUUCAAUUUUUCUUUUCUUAAUUCAGUUGCAUUUUCUAGUUGAUGGUUUAACUUCAUCAGUUUCUUUAUUGUUACCAAAUGCAGUCUAUAUUAUUUGACCCGGUGAAACUGUCUGAAUUAAGAGAAACAGUUGUUAGUUUUGGCAAUUUUUAAUCUUGUGAAAAUAUUGAUCCUCAGCCAGCCUUGAUUGAACCAUUAAGACAUGAGUUGUUAAGAUAAUACUUGCUAAAAACUUUUCCAGUCAAUGUUUUGCUAAUUUUAAGAUAUGUAUAUACCUACAAAAUAUAAUCGAGAGGUUUGGCGAAUACAAUGAUAUCGAAGACAACAUUAAAAUAUCUUAAUACCAUUGAAGAUACCAUUUUAUUUUCCCAGUAUUUUUCUUAAUGGUCAACAGACUUCGAAAAUACGUUUUUGUAUGCGAGUUUGUAAUACUAACUCACUGAUGACGGCCUUUAGCACGAAACGUCGUUCUUUGUUUUAAAACCUUUGUUGCACGACAUUUGAUGAAAAGUUAUCCUCGAAAUACGAUAGCCCCACCUUUUUCACCCUAGGCUUUGAUCUGGCGUACCUUACGUACCUUUCGCUCAGUGGCGGUGCCGAGCGGAGGGGGGGGGGGAUUGAAUCAGUUGGCAAUCGGCAAAACCACCCCAUAAUAUAAUUUCUCUUCAUAAUUUUCCCUUUCCCAAGAAUGUCCGUGGGAAUUGUUCACAGAGAGCGAUUAAAGGCUGCAACUAGAACGAUAGAUUGGGAGGUGUUUAUUCAUGCAGAUACAUUUUCAGAUAUAGUAUGUUCUUCCCGACGGAUUUCUUUUGUAAGUGCAAUAGAAAUCGGACAGAAGUGCAUAUACAUAUGAAUAAACAGCCCCGGUUAUCGUUCUAGUUACGCCACUGUCCAUGUGACGAAGUAAGAUUUAUAAAACUAUAAUGAGAUUUAUCUGAAUAUUAAAUACUUAAACUCGGUCGUCUCGACAUUAUCCUACCCAUUAUCGUUCAUUGAGAUAAGUGCCAUAAAAUCAUCGUUGAUCUUCUCUUAGCUAAUUGUUUGGAAAGGGUUUUCUCUUUCUAAUCUAUAUCUUAAUAUUUCUUUAUUGUUUUAUAUAGUAGUUUACAAUGCCGCCAAGAGGGAAAAGAAAAGCGGCUAAAGAAAAUCAAACAACUAAGAAAGCUAGAAUUGAAAGUUUCAGUGAAACUAAUAAUAAAAAGGAUGAUUUAUCAAAACCAUUUUCGGUCAAAAAGUGCAAACAUUGGUUUGAAGAAUACGCAGAUGAACCUGAUUUAAUUGGUCCUGAAGGAAUUCAAAAAUUAUGCAAAGAUUUACAAUUAGACCCAGAAGAUAUUGUAAUGCUUGUUGUAGCGUGGAAAUUAAAAGCAGAAAAUCUUGGGUUUUUUAAAUUCAGUGAAUGGUCAACAGGAAUGGGAUCUUUGCAAUGCGACUCUACAAAAAAACUUCAAUCCAAAUUAAAGUCUUUAAAGAACUUGAUUAACGAUCCAAUUAUGUUCAAGAAGAUGUACAGAUAUGCAUUUGAUUUUUGCAGGAGUCAAGAUCAGCGUAGUUUAGAUAUUGAUAUGGCAAUGGAAAUGUUAAAAAUCUUGCUCAGAGGGUUUUGGACACUCUUAGAUCCCUUUGUUGAAUUCAUAAAGCAAUCUGAUUACAAAGUAAUCAAUAAAGACCAAUGGUGUAAUGUGUUAGAAUUUUGUAGAACAAUAAAACCAGAUUUAUCAAAUUAUGACGUCGAUGGAGCAUGGCCCGUGAUGUUGGAUGAAUUCGUAGAAUGGUUAAAUAAUCGCCAAAACACGUAGAGUGGUUCAGAAAAUGGGUAAAUAAGUUCCAGUGGAUUACGAUGGAUUCAGAUUAGUUACAGACGCGUAUACGGUGUUUUGAGUUGGGAGAUAGAAUGCACCUUUAUGCAUGACCUUCCCUUUUAGAGUAAAUUCAUUUUAUAUUUAUUGAAUGGCAAUCGAGACGUAAUACAUGCAGUAUAUAGUGUGGUGCUAUUAUAUACUACGAUCUAUGUCUGGCAUGAUUUCAGCAGCUGUUACUAUAAGGUCGCCAUAAACGACGCUCUCGAUAUUCUUCAAAAAAUUUGGAUGAUAACUGAUAAAGAGAUGUUGCAUUCAAAUAAUUUUGACUCGUUUCCUAUACAUGUCACAACAAUGAACCGUGCAUCUAGCCCAAAAAUAGUAUUUACCAUGAUGGUGAGGUCUCUUAGGUUGUGAGGUUAUUCAUAUCACACUAAAAAUCCUUAUCCAAAAUGCCGGAUGUUGGAUGUUUUCGUUAGGAAAUAGCGUUUUUCGAAGAAGAAAAAAGGAAUUUUAUUUGCUGAUAUUACGACGAUGAAAGUCGUGUCAUGCCUAUAACAAGUGUCGUCUCGUCUCGUGUUGUGUCGUGUCGUGUCGUGUGUUUUUUUUCCCGCCCCGUGUUUUCUACAGGCGUCUUUUACCAGAAUGUAUCACAGUCUCCCCAGUCUCCAACAAUAUUGCACACAUAUGAAGAAUUGGAAUUCAGUGUAAAUUAAUCAGUGAUACGAAACAUGCCAAACAUGAUGAUCAGAUUACUCUCAGAUUGCCAUAUACAUAUUUCUGUAAAAAGUAUAUAAACGGUUAAAUAGUUAUGUUUUUCGAACUCAGAAAAUAUUUUUCGUCGAAUUUUUUUCUUCGAAACACGCGCCAUAUAAUAAAUAGAGGCUCUAUUAUUCUCAGGAAAAGCAAUUCAGCAUGUUUUCUCACUGAAGUAUUUACUAUAUAUUGUAUAUAUACAAAAAGCUGCGCUUGUAGUGGUUUGCUCUACUAUUUUGUAAAGAAAUUAAAACUCUUCACGAUUUUGA